AUGAGGAUGAUCACCUUUUUAAUCGUGGGCCUGACAGUCCAUGUCGUCUUCUUUGUGUCCAUCUUUGAUAUCUACUUCACCUCUCCUUUGGUCCACGGGAUGACACCCAUGGCCACACCAUUGAGUCCACCUGCCUCCAGACUGGUGCUGAUUGUGGCUGAUGGCCUUAGAGCAGACAGCCUCUUCACCCUGCAUCCUAAUGGCUCAUCCGCAGCUCCUUACUUGAGGACUAUCCUUGAAGAGCGAGGGACUUGGGGUGUCUCCCACACCCGUGUUCCCACUGAGUCUCGUCCUGGCCAUGUUGCUCUUAUUGCUGGCUUUUACGAGGAUGUCAGUUCUGUUGCUAGAGGCUGGAAGGAGAACCCUGUGGAGUUUGACUCUGUGUUUAACGAGAGCAGACAUACAUGGUGCUGGGGCAGCCCUGAUAUUCUGCCCAUGUUUGCUAAAGGGGCGAGUGGAGAUCAUGUGUACACCCACACUUAUCCAGCAGAAGAAGAGGACUUUGCCUCCACAGAUGCAUCCAGGCUAGACAGCUGGGUGUUCACUCAAGUCAAAUCGCUUUUCCAAUCAGCAAAGUCCAACUCCACCUUGAUGGCCAGCCUGCUGCAGGAUAAGAACGUCUUCUUUCUGCAUCUGUUGGGUAUCGACACAAACGGACACGCUCACAGACCAAUGUCCCAAGAGUACCAACGCAAUAUUGGCCUGGUGGAUUCUGGUGUAUCUGAACUGGUGUCUAUAAUUGAAGACUUCUUCAGCAAUGAUGGCAGAACAGCUUUUGUGUUCACUUCUGAUCACGGAAUGACCAAUUGGGGUUCUCAUGGUGCAGGUCACCCCUCAGAGACGCUCACCCCUUUUGUGGCUUGGGGGGCUGGACUACAAGGACCCCACAAAGUGACCGAAGAUCAACUUUACAAAGAUGGCUAUUUGCAAGACUGGAAACUGGAGCACCUCAGAAGAGUUGAUCUCAAUCAGGCUGACAUUGCUCCUCUCAUGGCAUCUCUAAUCGGUGUGCCCAUUCCUGUCAACUCUGUCGGAGUAUUACCUGUUCUUUACCUGAACAACAGCGACCAUUUCAAAGCACAAUGCAUGUACACGAAUGCAAUUCAAAUUUUGGAGCAGUUCAAGAUGAAAAUGAAGCAGAAAAAAGAGACAACGUUGUCUUGUCUUUUUACCCCUUACCAAAAACUGAGUGAGCCUAAGCAAGCAGAAUUUAUUCAGAAAGCAAGAAUACUGCUUCAGCUGGAAAAGUAUGAAGAUGCUAUCUCACUCUGCCAAGCUCUGAUAUCCGACGCCCUCGAAGGCCUCGUUUACUACCACACCUACGACAGGUUUUUCUUGGGUUCCAGCGUGGUGCUGGGAUUUGUGGGGUGGACCUCAUACGUUGUCCUCAUUAUUCUAAAGACUCACGCAAGCCUUAACAUGCAUCCCGACAUCCUCAAGCAGAAAUCCGAUCACACUUUGGCGAGGCUGUGCGUGUGUGUCUCGGUGGUGAUCAGCAUAUUCCUGCUCAUCCAGAGGAGUCCACUCACUUACUAUAUUUACUGCCUGCUGCCCGUGCCCAUAUGGUACUCUGUUUUUAAAGAGUCCAACACACUAAAAAACAUGAUUCACUCAGCUCCAUCCCUGCCAUUAUGGAAAUGCUUUGGCUACUUUAUACUGGUUGCAUUCGGCAUUGAACUACUGGUGGUGAGUUUCUUCCAUCGCGCUAUGCUGACAGUGGGUCUAGCUGUCCUGUCUCUAUGGCCGAUGCUGUCAGGUCUUUUUGAGAAGGCUAAGUGGCGUUGCGUGAACUGGUUUCUCAGCUGCCUUUGUUUGGCUGCUUUCCCCCUGAUGCCGGUUGUGGGAAGAGAGCCUAACAUGCAUCUGGUGAUGUGUGCAGGUCUGCUUACUAUCUUGGUAUCAUGCGGUUUCCUUUGGCCGUCACGGAACAGGACAUCACUACACUUAAGGGAUAAACAGCAGUUUGUCAUACAGAUGCUGCAUGUGGCCAUGUGUGCAUCCGUGCCAUUUCUUACACACUCCAGCCUGCAGCAGAAACAGGGUCUGCCUCUUGUCAAUCAAAUUGUCAGUUGGCUCACAUUAGCAUCUUCCAUACCUGUUCCAUUGAUGAGCUCCACACGCCUGUUUCACCGGCUUCUCAGCAUAUUCCUCUCGCUCACAGCCACGUACCUUCUGCUCAGCACUGGGGCCGAGGCUUUGUUCCCUCCGGUGUUGUCUUGGUUGAUGUUUGUGUGGAUCAACAUUGAACAGGAAGCCAUGAUUGCUGAAGGCAGCUCUGGAAGGCAAGAGCUCUCCACUAUUGAUUUCUCGGCCAACAUUGACAUCUCCAAAAUUCGACAGCUGAAGUUGGAUGACAUCCGCCGAUCUUAUUUUUUUGUUUUUUUCAUCAUAACAGCUUUUUUUGGCACAGGCAACAUAGCGUCCAUCAACAGUUUUGACCCAACGUCUGUUUAUUGUUUCCUCACAGUCUUCAACCCUUUCCUUAUGGGAGGGUUAAUGAUGUGGAAGAUCAUCAUUCCAUUCAUCAUCGUGAUGUGUACAUUUGAGACCAUUCAAGUUACAACGCAGCUGUCAUCGAGAAGCUUAUUUCUCAUCGUCUUGGUCAUCUCUGACGUGAUGGCCCUGCACUUUUUCUUCCUCGUGCAAGACUAUGGCACCUGGUUAGAUAUCGGAACAAGCAUCAGCCACUAUGUUAUCGUGAUGUCAAUGACCAUCUUCCUGAUGUUGCUCAGUGUCGUCACGCACAUGUUCACCUCACAAAGGCUGGCUCUGUGGCCGAGCCGCAAGAUGCACUUCCCCUGAACAAAGCACAGCACAUAGCAGCUAAACUAGUAUAAAUAUUCAGUAUUUAUGGAAUUGUACAUGUUUCUACAUUUAGAAAUAUGAAUAUCAUAUAUUUAAGUACUUUGUAUUCUGUCCUUUUGAGUACAUCAUCAUGACAUCACAUAUAGCUAUUAACAAACCUCAGGUCUAAAUUUUUGAAAUAAUAUAUUUAGUAGAAUCAUGAAGACUGGAUUUCUUCCUUGAAUAAAAAAGCCUGACCAAAGAAGUAUACUAUUGCACAAAUCCAGAAUGUUUUAUCCAAAAGUUUUUGCAUUAAUAGUUGUUCAACUGACAAACUUGACUUGAAUUAAACUGUCUAAUUUGUGUUUUUUUAAAUGCACACAACAAAAGUAUCUUCUUUUGAAGGGUUUCUAUAUUUUGUCAAUAAAUGUAUUUUUGUCGGGAA